AUGAUUUCAUUUGUGUUGAGAUUAAUUUCAACCGGUCAUGGUCAUGGUCGUGGUCGUGCAGCAUGUUGUGUUAAGAAACGACGACACUCCACAACCAAAAACGUAAACCUCACAAGCAUGUUCGACAAAUACGUGGACAAAAACAGUGUCUCUAGUUGGAACUCCGUCAUCGCCGACCUCGCUCGAAGUGGCGACUCCGUGGAGGCUCUUGGCGCCUUCUCUUCCAUGCGCAAGCUCUCUCUGCACCCCAACCGUUCCACCUUCCCCUGUGCCAUCAAAUCAUGCUCUGCACUCUCGGAUCUCCGCGCGGGGAAGCAGACCCACCAGCAAGCUUUCGUCUUUGGUUUCGGAUCGGACCUCUUCGUUUCUUCUGCGCUCGUUGAUAUGUACUCCAAGUGUGGUCACUUGGAAGAUGCACGAAACCUGUUCGAUGAAAUUCCCAAAAGAAAUGUGGUCUCUUGGACGUCCAUGAUUGCUGGCUAUGUCCAAAAUGAUUAUGCCCGGGAAGCUAUUUGCCUCUUUAAGGAGUUGUUGGUUGAGGAAAGUGGGUCUGGGAAUGUGGGGUCUGAGGAUGAGGAUGUUUUUGUGGAUUCGGUUCUAGUGGGUUCUGUUCUUUCGGCUUGUUCUCGGGUGUGUUGGAAGAGUGUGACUGAAGGGGUUCAUGGUUUCGUGAUUAAGAGGGGGUUUGAGGGGUGUUUGGGGGUUGGGAAUACUUUGAUGGAUGCUUAUGCAAAGUGUGGUGAGAUGGGUGUAUCUAGGAAAGUGUUUGAUGGGAUGGAUGAGUUUGAUGCUUAUUCUUGGAACUCUAUGAUUGCUGAAUAUGCACAAAAUGGAUUAUCAUCAGAGGCUUUGCAUGUUUUCAGUGAUAUGGUGAAGAGAAGCAAGGUCAGAUAUAAUGCUGUGACAUUAUCUGCAGUGUUGUUAGCCUGCGCGAAUUCAGGAGCUCUCCAGCUAGGCAAGUGCAUACAUGAUCAGGUUAUAAAGAUGGAUUUGGAGGAUAACGUGUUUGUAGGUACUUCUAUAGUUGAUAUGUACUGCAAAUGUGGGAGAGUUGAGAUGGCUAGGAAGGCAUUUGAUCGCAUGAAAGAGAAGAAUGUUAAGUCAUGGACUGCUAUGGUUGCUGGUUAUGGAAUGCAUGGACGUGCAAAAGAUGCUAUGGAAGUCUUCUACAAGAUGAUAAGAUCUGGAGUCAAACCGAAUUACAUUACUUUUGUGUCAGUUUUAGCUGCUUGCAGCCAUGCUGGUCUAUUGAAAGAAGGCUGGCAUUGGUUUAAUAGAAUGAAAUGUGAAUUUAGUGUUGAACCUGGGAUUGAGCAUUAUUCGUGCAUGGUUGACCUCCUUGGGCGUGCUGGCUAUCUUGAUGAAGCUUAUGGUUUGAUCCAGGAAAUGAACGUUAGACCUGAUUUUAUAGUCUGGGGCUCCCUUCUUGGGGCUUGUAGGAUUCACAAGAACGUGGAACUAGGGGAGAUCUCUGCAAGAAAACUAUUUGAGUUAGAUCCAAGUAAUUGUGGGUACCAUGUACUACUCUCUAAUAUUUAUGCUGAUGCUGGAAGAUGGGACGAUGUUGAGAGGAUGAGAAUAUUGAUGAAGAGUCACGGAUUGCUUAAAACUCCUGGAUUUAGUAUAGUUGAACUUAAAGGUAGGAUACAUGUAUUUUUAGUUGGAGACAAAGAGCAUCCUCAACAUGAGAAGAUUUAUGAGUAUUUGGAGAAAUUAAAUGUCAAGCUGCAAGAACUUGGUUAUAUGCCAAAUGUAACAUCAGUCCUUCAUGAUGUUGAAGAGGAAGAGAAAGGAAUGGUUCUAAGAGUUCACAGUGAGAAACUAGCCGUUGCCUUUGGAAUCAUGAAUUCAGUUCCUGGGUCAACAAUCCAGAUCAUAAAAAAUCUUAGAAUUUGUGGUGACUGCCACCUUGCAAUUAAAUUAAUUUCCAAGGUAGUGAAUCGAGAAAUUGUUGUCAGAGAUUCAAAACGAUUUCAUCAUUUCAAGGAUGGGUUGUGUUCAUGUAGGGAAUACUGGUGA